GCGGUAACCAGCGCGAGCUCUUCCGCCAGAAGAAUAUGAAAAAGCAGAGCGACUCGGUUAAGGGAAAGCGCCGAGAUGACGGGCUUUCUGCUGCCGCCCGCAAGCAGAGGGACUCGGAGAUCAUGCAGCAGAAGCAGAAAAAGGCAAACGAGAAGAAGGAGGAACCCAAGUAGCUUUGUGGCUUCGUGUCCAACCCUCUUGCCCUUCGCCUGUGUGCCUGGAGCCAGUCCCACCACGCUCGCGUUUUCUCCUGUAGUGCUCACAGGUCCCAGCACCGAUGGCAUUCCCUUUGCCCUGAGUCUGCAGCG